AUGAGAGCAGAGUUCCUCCACGACCCAAAUGCAGAGGCCUCUUUGGCCCCCUGCUCCAUGGCUUCCCCCUGUGCAGAGGUCACCACAGAACAAAACACAACCAUCAGUCCACAACCUGAGGAGGGGUUCACACCUAUCACAGAAACACAACCAUCAGUCCACAACCUGAGGAGGGGUUCACACCUAGCACAGAAAUACAACCAUCAGCUCCACAACCUGAGGAGGGGUUCACACCUUGAACAGAAACACAACCAUCAGCUCCAUAACCUGAGGAGGGGUUCACACCUAGCACAGAAACACAACCAUCAGCUCCAUAACCUGAGGAGGGGUUCACACCUAUCACAGAAACACAACCAUCAGCUCCAUAACCUGAGGAGGGGUUCACACCUAGCACAGAAAUACAACCAUCAGCUCCAUAACCUGAGGAGGGGUUCACACCUAUCACAGAAACACAACCAUCAGCUCCAUAACCUGAGGAGGGGUUCACACCUAGCACAGAAAUACAACCAUCAGCUCCACAACCUGAGGAGGGGUUCACACCUUGAACAGAAACACAACCAGGGGCUCCAUAACCUGAGGAGGGGUUCACACCUAGCACAGAAACACAACCAUAAGCUCAACAACCUGAGGAGGGGUUCACACCUAGCACAGAAACACAACCAUCAGCUCCAUAACCCGAGGAGGAGUUCACACCUAGCACAGAAACACAACCAUCAGCUCCAUAACCUGAAGAGGGGUUCACACCUAGCACAGAAACACAACAUUAAACGCUUUAACCUGAGGAGGAGUUCACACCUAGCACAGAAACACAUCCAUAAGCUCAACAACCUGAGGAGGGGUUCACACCUAGCACAGAAACACAUCCAUAAGCUCAACAACCUGAGGAGGAUUUCACACCUAGCACAGAAACACAACCAUCAGCUCCAUAACCUGAGGAGGGGUUCACACCUAGCACAGAAACACAACCAUCAGUCCACAACCUGA